UUCCCAUGCUGAGUGUGGGCAGUAUUAGGAUAAAGUAGAAUGUAGCUCUUAUAUCCAUGUACAAAUGCACUAAGAGGAAAGGAGUGUAUGUGUGCUUGUUGGCACUGAUAGCUCAUGUAUUUCCAUCUUGGUUUCAGUAACUAUUAGCCAGUGACUUUUAGCUCAGCUUCAGGCCCCAGAAUCAAUUGAACCCAUUACUUCCAGUUCUGCUUCUUUACUUUGGUUUGCUCAUCUCAUUUAGAUGUUAAGCAGCUCUGCUAUGAUUUCUUUGAAAAUUAUGCAUGCUUAUCUGUCUGAUACCCAACUUACAGUCACACCCUGAUUGGUGGCAGCUGGGGAUUGCCAACAUAUAAAGCUCUUUGUGCGCUUGUUCUCCAGCCAUAGUUCUGUUUUUUUUCUUUUCUUGUUUUUUCUUUCCCCCCCCCCCCCAGUGCUUCCCUUUCAUACUAAUGCUUCCUGCCCCAGUCGCUCUCUCCUGCCCAUGGAGCCUGGUGCUGCUGUGGCAAAGCUGUGGUAGCAUGGGCAGCAGGAGCUGGACAGCACUGGCUGUGGUAUGGCUAGACUCUUGCUUUCCUCUACUGGGGGCUUUGUGGCCUGGCACUCUCCCUCCUGCCUUGUCUGACCUUGGGUUGAGCCAUUUCAGUAUGUUAAUCAAGCUGUUAGUAUUGCAGGCAGCAAUCUGAUCUGGUUUCACGGCAGCUUAAAGUAAUAUAAGCACAUUUAAAAACGUAUUGGAUUAAGAGAGUGUUGCUUAUGUAAUUGGGUGGUUCUGAAUUCCCCCAAAACCUGUUUCCAUAAUCUUGUGCACAGCUGCUGGAAAGAAUUUUCUGAAUGAUUCCUAUUCCUUCAGUUAAGGUACAGCUGAAUAAUUUAUUUCUAUUUCAGUAUGUAAUAACCUCAGAGUGGCACUCUGAAGCAUACCCGCCUCCAAAUGCCCCAGGAGUUCUCUCAUAGGCUCACUGUCUCACUUAUAUACUCCUCGGGUAAUACUGAGCAUCCAAAGUGUUUCUUAUUUUUCUUUUUUUCUGCACUUCAAACCCUUAAUCUCUGUAAGUAUUUCCAAGAAAGCAAAAUGAAAUUGAAAUCUCCCGUAGCAGCUUGUCUGGAGACAAUCUUCUCAUGCAUGUUAACCCUACCCAUGGUAGUGGGGUGGAGCUGGAUCAUCUUUAAGGUCCCUUCCAACCCAAACCGUUCUGUGAUCCUAUGUUGGUGGCUCACUAUUGGUGCAGCUGGCUCUGGACGUGGCUGGUGGCCACAUGCUGCUUGCUUACCAAUGUUGCAGCAUCCCUCAGAGCUCUGCACAUGCCUGGGCCAUCGUCUGACAUGGGGCUGUUGUCCUGUAACUGGUUUGGCUUGCUUCUUCACUUACUAUCAGGAUGGUGAGUGUAUAGGCACCCUGCUCAGCACUCCAGGUAGAUUUAUUGCACUUCGCUUCAAAUAAUUUUUUUUAGGACUUUAUACUGGAGAGGUUGUGGUCAUCAAAGGAAGCAGAGGAUUGAGGGUGAGGGAUGAAAAUAGCAGUAAAUAUGGGAAGGACACGGUUAGUGGUUGUGGUGGUGAUGGGUUGGUGGUUGGGCUAGAUGAUCUUAGUGGUCUUUUCCAACGUUAAGGAUUCUAUGGAGUGUAACACAUUAAUGCAGGUGGGCGUAUGCUGAUGGAGCCCUGUGGUACUUGUUCUUUGUGGAGUACAGUCUUGUGCUCCUGAGCACACUGCGUGGUGCUGGGAGCAGCCUCAUGCCUGGCACCCACCUACACCGAACUGACAGGAGAUUGCCAGCCUGCUGUAAUUCAGCAUUGCUGCUGACAGCCUUGUUUGUGACCAGGACACACGCUGACACAUGUGGCCCUUAGGUGUGUACAGCUGUGCUUGUGCUGAAGGAGCUGGAGGCUGUAAAACUGGCAUGCAUUCCGCAGCACGCCAAUGCAGACCACGGUAGGCGAGCUGCUGGGUGUGAGCUUGGCGGGUGGCACUGCCAUCACGACAGAGCUGCUCUGUCAGGAAGGUGGCACCACACUGCCCCUGGGCAGAGCCUCUGCUUGGUUGUAGUCUUUGCUCCAGGUUUGGGUCAGAGCCUAAAUAUGUAGAACGGAGCAGGCUGUUUUCAUUGUGUGGGGCUGGCUGUUCCUGUUUCAAUAAAGUAAACGUUUGCAAUAUUCUCAGCUAUUUCUGCCAACCUUUCCGUUACCAGAAUCUAUUUCCAGAAGCUUUGAACUUCCCAGCAGCAAUAAAAGGCAACAGAGGAGAUGAUUCUCUUGUUGGGAGCUUGGCACGGAGGUGUUUGGACAGAGCAAACUUGUCUGUUUCCCAACUGUUAAACUGCAGAAGUCUCCCUCUUCCUCCUGCUUCAUGCUUAAACAAAGAGGGGAAGAAGCCCUCUGAGUGCCCACAGUUUGGUUUUCCUUUGAUAAGCAGUAGUAAGAAGCUGCUGCACAAGGGGUGGCUGUCCUGCAGCACAACAGGCAAGGGCAGAUAGUGAAGCUUUGUGUCAGUUUUUCUAUUAUGAAUUCCAUGGGGGCAAAUGGUGGAGCAGAAGGAGGGCUGCUUUUCGGCCUUAUGCGAGGUCUCAUUUUCAGACAGGCUGUGCACUGUACCCAAAAAGGCACUUGUUCAGCUGUGUGUCUUUGCUGCUUUGUUCCUAUCCAGCAUCACGCUGGGGUGCAGAGCCUCCCAGCUCUCCUCGUUUCAAAGCCCACGAGAGCAUUCUGGUGCAGUGGCUGCUUUCCUCUCCAGGAAAAUCUGCUUUCUCAUCAUGAAUGCUGCAGCACUAACUGGGAUUCAUCCCCAGUUAUGUACAUGUGUUUAUCUCUGUUUGUUUCUGGUGGACUGCACUGCCCUGACCAUCACGUGCGGUCUGUAUUGUCCCUUAACUCCUUUUGCUUGGGAAGCUGUCCCAGGGAUUUGCUGCUUUAAUGGUUGUGUUGUUUGUUUUUGUUUUUUUUCACAAUCCUAAGUGGAAUCAUAGCCCAUGCAGCUUUUUCAUUUAUUUAUAUUUUUUUCUUCCUGUACUAGCAUGAUCCUUUAUCUUGAAUGUAUUCACUUUUUCCCCCGGCACUUGCUGUCUAUGGGUAUAUCACAGGGGAGUUACAUUUCCUUCCAGCCUUUGUUUGGCUGAGCUAAAGAAGUUGUUCCUCAGGUCUCCUUUCUCAGUGCUGGCUUGCCUGUCCCUCCUGUGUGUCCCUCUCUGCAGCUGCUCCAGUUGAAUUCAUUCUUGAAUGUGAUGGCUGAAGUGACAACAGCACUGAGUGAAGUCUCGCAGUGUAUUGAGAUAACUGCCUUGCUGUGCUUCUUGGCAGUGCUCUCUCGAUGCCUUUAAAGACGCUUUCCUGUGCGACCUGCUGCAGGGAACCUGCUUUAGCAAGGGGCCAGUCUAGGUGAUCUCCAGAGGUCCCUUCCGACCCCUGUAACACUGUGAUUCUGACCUGCCCCUCUCUUGGCUUCUUCACAUUGUUGUUGACUUCAUGCUUGCAGGUCAUUCCUCUUUCUUAGAGAUAUACUGCUCCUAUAGAGGGGAGUUUUUCUUAAUUCUUGCAUGUAUGCUUUGUAUUUUGAGUUGCAUUUCUUUUCUAGUCUUCAACGUUUUCAGCUUUCUUUCCUCACUUUCUUUCAGACCUCCUACUGUUGAAUUUUGGAAAUAGGUGUCCCAGUUAAUAUACGUAAGACAACAUAGUGGAUCUAACCUACUUUGAGUAUCUUGUCAAAGGGAGGCAUCUGCUGGAAUUUGUUUGCUUCAGUAGUGAUAAUUACUGGUUUGGGCCCUGUCAGACAGCCUGCUGCAGGUGUGCAUGGUCCUUCUUCAGGCUUUAGCUCCAUCCACCGGCCUGGUUCAGGUGUCAGUGGUAACCCAGUGGCACCACGUGCAAACUGGCAGACUUCUUGCAUUUUACUGUCUUAUUUGUCUCUGUGUCUUCAUCUGUGCUGAAUAAGCUCUUUGCAAAGACGUGUGUGUUAGCGAGGCCAAAAUACCAAGUCUUGUUCUGCUACUUGUUUUCCCCCUUCUUAGAUAUCGCUACUGCUUCUUGUCCUCCCACCGUUUGACACUCACUUGGCUUGGUAGACUCACUGAAAAUUCUCCCUCUCCUGUCUGAUUGUAUUCCCUAAUAAUUGCUUUUUUUAAUCCUUCCUUUUUCUCUACUUUGAAUUUGCAUGUCUGUCAGUCGCAAAAGAAUGACUGAAAUCAGUUGGUAUAUCUGUUUUUGUUCUUCUUCUGUUGCUUACACAGGUAGCUCCUUCUUCUGUGCACCCAUUCCAUCACCCUGCCUUCACCCCAGUGCUUAUCAUCGUUUUAAAGAACUGCCCUGAAUUUGUCUCAUUAUAUUUGCAGUCACACUUGCUUUCAUGCUGGCUUCUAAAAAUCUUCUUCAAGCAGUGUGUGGGUCAGACAUCGCCUUCACUCCUCUUCCCUUCUCAAUGUUGUCUGUGUCAUGUAGUGAGAACUACUUGGGUCAAGAGGGAGCUGUAUAGGAGCUACAGAAAGCCCCUUAAGAAGCCAAUCCACGGGUUCAGGUUGCCACAGCAGGUGGUAUAAUUCUUCUUUUGAAUAGCUGAGUGUAAUGAUUGUGAAAAGACAGAAGUUUCUGACUGGAAGGUUUUCUUAUGGAGAGGUUACAUACAAACUUAUCCAUGUGGACGUUGACAAGAGAAACUUCCUGUGCCAGAAAAGAACCUUCUCUUUAUCUCAGUGAUACUUCAGAGAAAAAAAAAGUUGGAAAUUGUGGAGCUUCCAAAUCUUAUAGCAUCCUGAUCCCUGCAGCUGAGCUUAAGGCAGCUUUUACUCUGUGGCUGCUUCAUGGUAUUAUAUUUGUAUUAAUUUUUUAUUACUUACAUGCUACUGAUACGUAUUUUGCACCCUCAGGUAACUUUCUCCUUCUGGAAACAAAAUGCAGUAAAGCUGAUUUCUGUCCAAAAAGCAAUUGAGCUGAUAAUGCUGGGAGUUUUACGUACCCAUGUGAUACAGUCUGGCUUGAGGAAGGUGGAAGACUUCCUCUGUUGGGUUCUAAGAACUUCCUUCUAAAGUCACAGCCAUUCACCAUUCCCUUUACCACGGAAGGGACUCUGCUGUCCUGCACAGAGAAAUGGGGAAGAAAGACUGAUGUGGAGGAAUAACAGAAAAGUUGUGCAUAAAGAAAAGUUGUUUUACAGUAAGGGUGGUGAGGCAUUGGCACAGGUUGCCCAGAGAGGUGGUGGAUGCCCCAUCCCUGCAGACGCUCAAAGUCAGGCUGGAGGGGGUUGUGAGCAGCCUGAUGUAGCUGUAGGUGCCCCUGUUCAUUGCAGGGGAGUUGGAUCAGAUGGUCUUUAAGGGUCCCUUCCGAAUCAAAUGAUUCUGUGAGAGCAUGAAUAGGUGCUGCUUCCAAAACAGAAACAUCUUAACCCUGUGUGACAGGCAGAGGGAUUCUGGUUCUUCUUGAACUGACAUAGCUUUGCUGCCACUUCAGGGAGAAGAGAAAAUGAAAUCUUUCAGUUCUGUCCAGAGGAACUGUGAAAUCAAGAUAUAGAGGAGGGCAGAGUAAGGGGACAGGUAUUCAACAGCUGUGAGGACAUACGUCCAGACACUUCAGUUUCCUAGAAAAAUACCUCUGUCUUUCUCCAACUAUAAUACUUUUCCAGUUGUAUUCUUUUCUGAAGUUUACCUGGAACAGAGCUUUUUUUUUUAGGGUAACUUUACAAACAAUUUUAGAGAAAGGCCUGAGAACCUCUGCAGGGUGUAAGAUCCCAAAAGUGCACAGAGAGACCCCUUGUUGGUGACAGGGUGCCUGUGAAUGGGGAGAUGCUGUAGGGAGAAGGCGCCUCGGUCUCGCUGCUGGAAGAGCCCUGGUAUUGUGCUGUUGCUGCUUCGCUUUACUCUGUUUCUGCUCACAUAGAAGCUUGUAGUUUGUCCAGCUACAAGGUAGCAGAGUGACAUCUAAACUCUGGGAGUCCAGUUAGCCAGCCACAGCUGCUGUGUGGUGGUACAAGGGCUUCAUUUUAGAAGAAAAUUUGUCACAGAAACUGUAGGUGUUCUAGCCUCCAUUGAAAAUGGAAGGUUGAUGAUGAGGUGUCUCUAGCAUGGAGUAUUGGGAAAGAGAGACUAAGAAGAUAAAUGAAGUCAAAGGGCAGCUUACCAGUCCAGGUGCCUCUGUUUUCUCAUGAAUAUUUGUUCUUUCUGAACCAGAAAAGGGUGCUUCACCUGACCCUCUCCUGUCCUGCUAGCAAAUGCAUUUUGUUUCUAAUUAGAGCUUCACAGGAUAUAAAUGAGCUGGGGUUUGUUGAUGACUGCUCUUCACCUGCUCCGAGACAAAGAAUCUGAGGAAGCAGGUUGGAUAGGGCUGUGGGGGAAGAGGAGCCCAGCACAGGAAGCUUCAAUGUUUUUCUUCAUGUUACUGUUUGGAGAGGGGCAUACAAAUGGCCUACAUAUUUCUGCUGAGGUCUAUCAAAAGCAUCUGCUGCAUUUCUAAAGGAAUGUCACUUUAGAGGGGAAGUGGCAGUUGCAGACUCUGUUUUGAUCUUUUACUUGAAAAUAAACAUAUCCUGAGAAAAAGAGUAGCACGUGAAGACGUCUGCCAACCCUCCUGCCAGGCUUGUGUUGUUUGUUUGUUUUUAAAGCAGUAAUUGCCUGUUUACCUGGCAACCCUGCCUCUUAGGCCUCCUGAAAUUCCGGACGUGUGGCUCUGCAUCACAUGGUCAGCAAGUCCAACCUGUUCUGAAUGCAAUGAGCUUCCCAUGCAUGUAUGGAUCAGAUGCGUAUGGGUGGUAAAGUGCUGAGGAUAUGCAGGUGUCAGUGUUUUUUGUAUCAGACCUGUCCUUUUCCCUCUUCUUGAGCUCAAAAAGAUGAAAGAAACUGUCUGCUUUUGCUGUACUUAAGAUGUGCUCUGAAGCCCUCCGGUGCUUCUUACAGUGUGUGGAGUCCUGGGAGAUGGACUAUGUUUAAGGAGAGACUGAUAAGGAUCUUUCAGAGGGUGGUUUCUUGUAACGCUGUGGGAGAUUCCAUUACGUUUAUUGUCAGCAUCUCCAGUUCUUCACCCACAGCUGCAGAAAGUCGGUUGUACAGCGUGAAACUGUCUCCGCUUCACUUGCAGCUUCACCUCUACGUGAAAGACAAAGGAGAUGAUGUGAAAGUGGAGUGGCUCCUCGUUAAUGUCGACGAAACCAACUUUGAAAUCCAGCCAAUGGUGCAGGAGGAACAGGGAGAAGGGACUUGUGCAAUAUCUGAAACGCUCAGAGAUGUUUUGAAGAACCUCUUUAGCUCAGUUACUCCAUCUGUAGUGUUGAGUACGAGGCCUACAGACAUAAAGGAGGUUCAGAAUGUACAGAACACAAGCGCUAUCCCUCAGGGCACCAGUCCGCCUAAACCUCCAAGGGCUCAUGAACUGAAACUGCUGGUAAAGAACAUCACAGUAAACCUCACCGAUCACAGUGCUGCAGGCAGCACAAACCUUGUGUGCGUAGCUCAGCUGAAUGACCCUAUGCAGAAGUUUUCCAGCUCUGUAGCCAAAAAUGCUGCAAAUCCCUUUUGGAAGGAAGAGUUUGUCUUUGAACUAAGUGCCAAAUCAAAAACACUGCUACUGCAAAUAGUAGAAGAUGGGAAGUUGGAUAGUUCUUCAUCCGCAAGGGCAACUAUACCUCUAGACUUGUUCAGGAAGCAACCUUCUGGCCACCAAAGCUUUGCACUGAGCAGCAGGGCCAGUGACGGCAGCCCAGGGCUGAGGCCUGGGCGAGGAUCCAUUACUGCAGAGUUCUUGUUUAUUGAACCGAGCGAGUUAAAGACUUGGCAAGCUUCUUCUCCAGUGCCAAGCACUAAGGUAGAAAAGGAUCGAACUGUGAUGCCCUGUGGGACUGUGGUCACUACUGUAACUGCUGUGAAAACCAAGCCUCGACUAGAAGGGAGGUCAUCCCCAUUGAGCACAGGUUCUCCUGUGAAAACUCCAGUCAAAGUCAAAGUGAUUGAAAAGGAUUUUUCUGUUCAAGCUCUCCAUUCUCACGGUGCUCCAGUCAGCAAAACUUUAUCAUCUUCAGAUACAGAGCUGCUGAUACUGAAUGGCAGUGAUCCUGUUGCAGAAGCAGCCAUUCGACAGUUAAGUGAGUCUGCCAAGCAGAAGCUGAAGUCUCCCAGAAAGAAAAGCACCAUUAUCAUAUCAGGGGUGUCGAAGACCUCUUUAUCUCAGGACAGUGAAGCUGCACUGAUGAUGGACUACGCUGCAGCCAUGGACAGUUCCUGCAAAGAAGCAGAUCCACCACCUGCUGGAGAGGAAGUGAUUGCAAAAGUCACUUCUGAUGAAAAACUAUUGUCAGGCGCUUCAGAAACAGUGCCUGAUACUGACCCACAGCAGAGUGCCCAUACGGCUUGGGCUUUAGAGAAUGGCAGCCAGCAGUGGGACUCCAACACUCUCUUAGACCAGAGCUGUGAAGAAAUGUCUGGGAGCUCAUUAAGUGUUUCAGAAACCGGGAGCGUGAAAAAGUCUAAAGGUGGGAUUUUGAGGAAGAGUGCAAAGCUCUUUUUCCGUCGACGACACCAUCAGAAGGAUCCAGGAAUGAGUCAGUCGCACAACGAUCUCACCUACCUGCAGCAGCCCCUGUCAGAGGAAACGCGCAAGAAGGGAGGCACUCUUUCACGUAUUCUUAACAGAAAGUUGCUUUCCAAGAACAAAAGCAAGAGCAAACUGAAUGGUGCUUCAGCAGAACUGUUUGCGUAAGGCUGAACGAAUGCUCUCUGACGGGAUACUAGCACAUCAGUUGUUUACAGAGCAGUACCAGAGAACACAAGUACAGCUGAUGACUUGGGUAAUAUGAUGCCCGCUAAUACAGUGGUCCAGGAGUGAACAGAAGGACUGUAUUUUCUGUUUGUUUUUUCCAGAACAGCUUUCUCUCUGAUUAUUAUGAAGUUGCUCCUCCAAAUACAAGCAGCACUACUUGCAUCGUGACGGCUUUUGGAGGACUGUGUGGUGGUGUUGUAGAAGGUGAGGGAGGGAGAGCAGGGAACAGCGCAGGUGGGGCGGAGCUGCACAUGAGCACCUGGUUGACUGAAGCAGGGAGCUGAGAACUGAAGAACCGUACCUGCUCUAUGAUUGAACCACUGUCAGGAGAGAAGAUACCACUGUGCUUCCAUGCUGUGGCAUGGAGCAGUAGCAAUGCAAGUCUCAGCUUGUGUUUCUGGUAAGGCUGAAAGGGAAAAGAGACCCAGACCCAGUUUGUAUUGUGAUUUGAAAACGGGUAAGUUUUCAGAAACAGAACUAAACCGCUGAUUAAGAGAGCCUACUGUAAUAACUGUAGCCUGCUAUAAACACUGCUCAGUCCAUGUAGGUGGAGAGAGGCCUUUUAUAUUAGCCAUAAAUCAAUAAAUUAUGCAAAUACUUAUACUAGUAUAUUGUUUAAUGUUCUGUACGUAAGUUAUACUCUAAAAAACAGAACUUUUUAAAGAAUCUACUUGAGUCUACUUGCAAACAUUUACAACUUCUCCUCUGUAGCUUUUCUUCCCUGUGUGAGAAGCUGUUGCUGCUAAUACAGAAACCUGUCGUAGGGGCUCUACUUCCUUCUCCCAAGUACUUGUUAGACAAGCAUAUAUAUACCAUCAUAUCAAAUGCAAAGCUAGGAGCAAUAAGUCUUGAAUAGAGCAUAUUUAACCCUAUAUAAGCUUUUCAUUAGACAGCUUGUUUUACUUGCCAAAUAUUUACUGAGAUCGUAGAAAAUGCAGUUGUGAAGAGAGCUUUUUAAAACAUAAUGAUUGCAAUUCCCUCAGUCCUUCAGUUUCUAGCUCCACCAGUGUUGUUGCGUGGUGAGUGGUUGGUUUUCUGAUUUAUUUUCCUCAUUAAAUUAGAAAGAAAAACUGGUGAAAGUAAAGGCAUAGUUCUUGUUUUAGCUAGUGAGAAGAGCAGAAGGCAGGAUUUCACAGGUGCCACCUCGUAGUUUGCCUUCCUGGACAUUCCUACUGAGGACAAAGGACCAAGCCUGUUGUCUUUAGCCAAGGAAGACAUCCAUUCCAAUAGAGCUACUGACACGAAUGAAUGAUGGAUUUGUGUUGCUUUGCCAACAGUGAUUCCCCCCCAGCUCACCCCUUAAAAGAGAUACAAGGCUUUUGCAGAUAUUUUGGUUUUCAACUUAACUAUUCUUCAAAAAUAGAAAGUUAAUGAGGAACAGAAACACGUUUUGAAACUUGAGAUGUACUUCAGCAUCCAUGGUAAAUUCUUCUACAAAGAAAAUCUAGAUGCUUGUUGGUUAUUUUUUACUGUCAAAAUCUUUUAACCGAGUCUACAGCUUAAAAAUACCACUUGUAUGUAAAAAACCACUGUAGUACAGCAGUCCAGCCUAUCAAACAGUUGUAUGUCCAAGCAUGCUGCUUAUUAUGAAAACACUUGAAGGCAUUUGUAUAUUUUAUGUUUUGGAAAUUUGUUACAAACGACUGUCCUGGAGCUGUAAUGUGCUUAAAAAUCCCAGUUCAGUAAUACAGCUUUAUCCUGCCUGAAUGUGCUUGAGCACUUCUGUUUAUUGUUAGUUUAACACAAAGUAGAACUCUUCAUUUGUACUACAGUGACUAGUGAUCCAAGCAUUCAAAACACUGAAUCUCUAUUCCCUCAACAUGUACUUUUUCCAUGCUAAAGACAUGUUUGCAUGCUGGGGCAGGGUAGGAGGUGAGAUCCUUCUGGUGUUCUACAUGGUCACUUUUGUUUACUGAAGGAAAAGAAUCUAACCACAAAUUCAAGAAAUCAAAGCGAGACUGAGCUCCAUGGGUAGCAUCGUCUCCAUACACUAAGAGCAGAGGGAGCACAUAACACUACUUGAAGUCUGUUCGUAUUACUGAAGUGGGAUUUAACUGACAGAAGUUUUAUUAUUUACUGUAGAAUGUGAUGGAAAUAACACUGAACAACGUGCUGACUGCAGAGGGUUUGCUUGUGUGUUACUCUGAAGAACAGACAGACCCUGAAGCAUUGCUUUGGGUUGGUUUCUUUUUUGGUUGAUCCUUCUUAAGGUCUUGGUUAUUGCCUAAACCCAUGUCUUGAUGGUGGGAACUGCAAUAUAUAUAUAUGUGUGUGUGUGCAUGUAUAUAUAUAAAAUACUGCAAAUUGUGUGAAGGUUUGGGCUUGCCUAUAUUAAGAGAAUUAACCAUUAAGAUGAGGAAAGCAAGGCAAGUUGUGUUAAGAGGGAAUCUUGGUCUUUAAUUGCCUUCACUCCUCAGGAAAAUAAAUAGUGUUUGGUUUGAUGUGUGACCUCCACAUGUGGCUGGUUGUUCCUCACCUCUUCCUACAAGUAUUUCAUGCCGCAUUGUAAAAACAAGCUGAACUACCAAACCCCAGGGACAGCUGUGUUCCUCAGUGGUGGCAACCUUAAGGGCCCAUGGAAUUCAGUGCUAUUUUCCCUUCCCAGAUGAUGAGGUUGCCUUUUAAGAUCAGAUCUGAGCAGGUGGUUUUUUUGUCUCUUAGCAGCUGUGUCAGUUGUGUGCUGACUACCAGAGGGAGCUGAGCUUCUGUUCCCUGCAAGAUGUGUGAGCUGGCAGCACUAAUGCUGCACCCUGCAUUCUUGGGGCACUGAUCAUGUCCCAUGCAGUUGUGUGGAGGACGCCAGAGAGAAUCAUUUAGCUCUACUUUUUGCAGUCUUCACAACUUUAACAACCACGCAUUUGAAGAGCAGAACAAAUCUCGGCAUGGUGGUACAUAGAAAACUUCAUGUUUUCUGCCUUCCAAGUUAAUUACCUCAGAACAACAAUUUGGAAACAAUUUAAGAAAUCUUUCUUCCUUUUUGCCCCUUUCCUUAUACUUUUGUUUCUGGAUCUUCUGUACAGCAGAAUAGACACAGUAUUUCAUAAGAGAUUUCCUUUUUUCCUUUCUGAAGCAUCAUGUAAUGCUUUGGUGUUCUCGGUAUGUGAAGUUUCUAAGGAAAAAGUGGCAAUGACUACAUAAAAUGCUGUCAAAUUUGUAAAGGGAAACAAAAACCUUGUUUUAACAUCUCUUUUAGCUCUGGUAAUUCUAGGUGUUACGAGGCACAAGAGCUCCACACAAGGUGGGAGUCUAUUUUAUUGCAGCGUUUUAAUUGUAAAGCUGAAGUUAGAGCUAAGUGCUUAUCGUGGUACGGAAUGAAGCACAGCAGGCUCCAGGCUAAGGCAUUCCUGCUGUGAGAGGAAACAACCAACCUCCUGCUCUGACCUCUGCAGGACAUAAGUGGCUUUAUUCCUGUGUUUAAAGCUAGCAUGUGCUUCGGCAUCUCGCUGAGCCACAGCCUCAGUGACAAACAAUUCAAGCUUAACUACGUCACUGGGGCGAUUACUCGAAGCUGAGGGUGAAUAACGUCAUUUCGCUCAGGAUAUCCAAACUGCUACUAUGCAAGGUGCUGGCAUGGUGUGGAGGUAACUGGGAAGGACGGAUGUGAGGUGUUUCCAAUACUGUAGCUUUGUACUUCCCAAUAAUGCAGUACGCUCUGAUAUUCCAGGUGGGGUAACGCUUUUGUUUCCAAGUACGCAACUGUGACAGUCAUUUCCUCCGCCGUGGUUUUUUUUUGCUUUGUUUUGCGCGUGUGUAAAAAUGAAGUUGGUACAGUUACAAAGCCUAUGAUGUACAGAUUUAUUACAUCACUAAGAAGUGUAUGGAUUUUUAAAAGAAAUACUAUUGCUGUACAUACAAUAAACGCCACUUGUCUCUGU